GAGAGAGCAGUUCUUGUUGGGGUCUUCUCCAACACCAAGUACUAGUUGUUUAAGCAGACAAAAGGAGAUGUUGGAGAUAAAGGGGGAAGAGACUCAAAAGCAAGGGUGUCGGUUUCUGCUUCUCCUGUAGAAAAUCUUGAGAUUUUCCUCUUUUUUUAAUACUAUUCUUAUUUGAGGGAUUUAUAUUUGUGGCUCUCUCUGUCUCUCAUUUUCUUUUUGGGAGAAUGGAAGGAGAUGAAGAGAAAGCUGGUGCAAGUGAAAGAAGAAGUAGAUUUAGAAGGAUAUGUGUUUUCUGUGGGAGUCGGCCUGGAUACAGUCCUGCAUUCAGUGAUGCAGCUCUUGAGCUUGGAAAACAGCUGGUUGAGAGAAAAAUCAAUUUGGUUUAUGGUGGUGGAAGUGUAGGUCUGAUGGGAUUGAUUUCUCAAACUGUUUUUAAUGGUGGAUGCCAUGUUCUUGGAGUAAUUCCCAAAGCUCUCCUUCCACAUGAGAUUUCAGGAGAAGCCAUUGGAGAAGUGCGAACAGUUGCAGACAUGCAUGAAAGGAAGUCAGAAAUGGCAAAAAAUGCAGAUGCUUUCAUUGCCCUCCCUGGUGGCUAUGGGACCAUGGAAGAACUUCUAGAGAUGAUAACAUGGUCUCAGCUAGGAAUUCAUGAAAAACCAGUAGGGUUGUUAAAUGUAGAUGGGUACUACAACAGCUUGCUUGCUCUAUUUGAUAAAGGAGUAGAGGAAGGUUUUAUAGAAGAUUCUGCAAGACAUAUUAUAGUUUCAUCAGAGACAGCAGAAGAACUACUUAGAAAAAUGGAGGAGUAUGCGCCACUACAUGACAGUGUUGCACCCAAACAAAGCUGGGGAGUGGGCCAAUCGUCAGAGUCUCCUACAAGUGGGUAUACCUCAACAUCCUAAUUCCUACUCACCUCCUCUGUACGCAUCAUCAUCUGAUCUAUGUAUAAUUAUAAACCAUCUUUAUACAUCAUCAUCAUCUGUGUGUUACAUCAUAUUCAUGUUCCAAUAAAACCUCUGAAAAGAUAACCUCUCUCCAUUCAUGUCA